AGGCUCUGCUAUUCUUCUCCCUUUCAUAUGAGCAAUUCUCUUCUAUUCAUCGGGCUGUGCGCCUUGAUUACCCUAUCUCAGGGUGACAGUCCGAACAUCCGAGGCGUAUUCGACAAGAUCGCUGACUUGCGUGGUUCCGUCUAUACUCCCGAUGAGCACUCUGAACAUUUCUCCCGCUUCCAAGGUCAGCUGGAAGAGGUACUUCUGCAGGAAGAAGCGCCAACUGAAUUCUUGAUUGAGCUCUUCAACAACACUAAGCCGGCUUUAUUGCAAUCCAUGGUUGACGAGAUCAACUCGAUGCAGAACUCGUGGACGGCCUCCAAAGAUCAGCCACCUUUCAAGGGUAUGUCAAUCAAAGAUGUCCCUACUGGGUGUCCUAACGGUCCGAAGCCCUCUUCGACUUCUGAUGACGAAACUCGCCUCCUCGGAUCCACAAAGCCGGAGUUGACGAAUUUACCAAGUGAUUUUGACGCUCGGCAGAAGUUUGCCUCUUGUGCUGAAGUCAUUGGGCAUGUGAGGGAUCAAGGUGCGUGUCACAACUGCUGGGCUACUGGCUCAACCGGGAUGUUCAAUGAUCGUGUGUGCAUCAAGUCCGGCGGUAGCUUCCAAAAUAUCCUAUCACUCGGAUACUUCACUUCAUGUUGCAAUCCUGCUAAUGGAUGUCCUAAAGCGAAGGGCUGUGAGGGUGGCAACCUGCUUGAAGGUCUGAACUUCCUGAAAAAUCAUGGCAUUGUUACUGGUAAUGAAUUCAAACCGGCAAGCCAACUGGUUAGCGCUGAUGGCUGCUGGCCGUAUCCAUUCCCGAAGUGCAAUCAUGUAAGCUCAGCGGCCAGCAGAUAUCCCAAAUGUUCGGCAGCGCCUCUCCCUCUUCCUGCA